AUGGGCUUCUGUCUGUCCAAGUGCCUGCCCGACAGCGACAUGGCGGCCGAGCUCGAGGCCGAGCUGGACGAGACCAACCACAGCUACGUGAUGCAGUCCACGGAGCAGUCGACCUUCGGCACCACGUCUCUCCUGGCGGCCGACGAAGUGGUCUGUCUAAACGUGAUCGGGGAGGGUCCCUCGGGCGUCAUCUACAAGGGCUCGUACCGCGGCAGCGUCGUGGCCGUCAAGAAGAUGAAGAUGAUCUCUCUGCCGUCCAAGCCCUCGGCGCGCGAGAAGGUCGAGAUGGAGCUGGAGGUCGAGGCCACACGCAUGGGCAGUCUGCGCCACCCCAACACGGUGCUCUUCAUGGGCGCGUGUCUGCAGGAGGACUACUUCUGCAUCGUCAGUGAGUACUGCACGCGCGGCUCGCUGUUCAACGUGCUGCACGCGCCCAAGGCGUCGUCCAGUAGAAGCAGGCACAAGCGUAAAGGAUCCGAACCGCUCUCCCGCGCAGCCGCUACCAGUACCGCCAGUGCGCCAGGGGGACUCGGUGAGCCAAAGAAGAAGGUGAAUCUCAAGUGGAGUCUGCGGAUACGACUGGCCCUGGGCGCGGCUAGGGGCCUCCUGUACCUGCACAGUGCAGACCCGCCGCUCGUCCACGGCCAGCUCAAGAGCACCAAUAUUCUCGUGGACGACUCGUGGAAUGCCAAGCUGGCGGACUUCGGCACGCGACGUGUGGCCGAGGCUGUGGGUUUUGAUAGGAGUAGGAUGAACAGCAUUGACGAGCGCUCGGCCCUGCUGCGGUGGACGGCGCCCGAGCUGCUGAAGCUCGGCGAGGAGCGCGUGCUGAAGGGCGCGUUCCCGAGCGACAGCACGAGUCCGCAGGCCGUCGACAUUUUCAGCUUCGGACUCAUCAUGUGGGAGCUCACAACAGGUGAACUGCCGUACGCAGACAUGCACUCGAACGCCGAGAUCAGCGAGUAUGUGCUCUCGGGCUGCCGACCUAUUAUGAAGCCCGGUCAGUGCAAUAUCAAGUGGGCCGAGCUCAUGGCGCGCUGCUGGUCGCACAACCCGUCUCGGAGACCGAGCGCCGCCGAGAUCGUGUCGUCUCUCGAGAGUAUUAGCAAGGCCGACGCCAUCGCGCAGUCAGCCAAGAAGGAGACGCGAGUAGUGAACAGCAACCGCGCGGACUACCGCUUCGCCGAGAAGCCUCGUUCACGGUCGACCGGCCCCUCCAAAUUCAAGAGCAACUUGCUCGUGAAGCUGUCGUGUCGUGUGUACGUGUACGAUAGAGUGUCGUCUUCCGCGGUGCAGAUCGAGCUGAAGACCCCGGAAGAAGACGCAGCCAUGACUCGACCGACGACUUUGAGCGCUGGCAGCGCGAUGGGAAUUACCGAUAUUGAACGCUUUUGA